AGGAGCGCGGCCGGGGCGGCCCCCCGCGGCUGCGGUGAAGGCGGCGGCGAUGCGCGGGGCUCCCGGCGAGGAUGGAGGACCGGUCCCACAAGGUGCUGCUGGCGCUGGUGAUGCUCUUCCUCUUCGCCGUCAUCGUGCUGCAGUACGUCUGCCCGGGCACCGAGUGCCAGCUCCUGCGGCUCCGCGCCCUCAGCCCCUCCGCCGCCGCCGACCCGUACCGGGCGGAGGACGAGACGCCGGCGCGUUUCACGCCGGCGCGUUUCGUUCCCCGCUUCAAUUUCUCCGCCGGCGACUUGCUGCGGCGGGUGGACUUCAACAUCAAGGGGGACGACCUCAUCGUCUUCCUGCACAUCCAGAAGACGGGCGGCACCACCUUCGGCCGCCACCUGGUCCGCAACAUCCAGCUGGAGCAGCCCUGCGAGUGCCGCGCCGGGCAGAAGAAGUGCACCUGCCACCGGCCCGGGAAACGGGAGACCUGGCUCUUCUCCCGCUUCUCCACCGGCUGGAGCUGCGGGCUGCACGCCGACUGGACCGAGCUCACCAACUGCGUGCCCUCGGUGGUGGACAGCAAGAAGGAGGUGCGGCUCCGGCCCUCCAGGAAUUUCUACUACAUCACCAUCCUGCGUGACCCCGUCUCCCGCUACCUGAGCGAAUGGCGCCACGUCCAGCGAGGAGCCACCUGGAAGGCCUCCCUCCACGUCUGCGACGGCCGGUCCCCGACCACCGAGGAGCUCCCCAGCUGCUACACGGGGGACGACUGGUCAGGCUGUUCCCUGCAGGAGUUCAUGGAUUGCCCCUACAACCUUGCCAACAACCGCCAGGUCCGCAUGCUGUCCGACCUCAGCCUGGUGGGAUGCUACAACCUGUCGGUCAUGCCCGAGGAGCAGAGAAAUAAGGUUCUGCUCGACAGUGCCAAGGAGAACCUCAAGCGGAUGGCCUUCUUUGGCCUGACUGAGUUCCAGCGCAAAACUCAGUAUCUCUUUGAGAAGACUUUCAACAUGAACUUCAUCUCGCCCUUCACGCAGUACAAUAGCACAAGGGCCUCCAGCGUGGAGAUAGACGAGCAGACUCAGCGGCGCAUCGAGGCCCUCAAUUUUUUAGACGUGGAGCUGUACGAUUAUGCAAAAGACCUGUUUCUGCAGCGGUACCAGUUCAUGCGGCAGAAGGAGCACCAGGAAGCGCGGCGGAAGCGCCAGGAGCAGCGCAAGAUCCUGAGGGCAAAGCAAGCCCACCUGAGGGAGCGGGGGGAGAACGCCUCCAGCACUGACUACCUGGGGAACGUGGAGCGGUGGCGGCGGUAGUUGGGGUGGGGGGACACUCCGAAACGCCACGUGGACCCCAGCCCGACCCACCAACCGGAGACGCCGGGGCAGUCCAGACACAUCAUGCUUCUCCAGGGUUUGAAGUAAAAAGAGGUUGAAAAGUUGCCUUCGCAGUUGCCUUUGCAGUAAAUGUGGUACUGUACGCGGAACGCUUCAUCUUAGGGUAUAAUUAAAUUGUCCUUUUUAGGUUGGUUGGAUUAUUUAUGAAAUACAGGAGCCGAGUAGGCUCAUCGGAAAUGGUUGCUUGGAUGUUUAUUUAAAAGAAAAGGAAAAAAAAAAAAAAAAAAGAAAAAUUACCCUUAAAUUAGUUAUGAGUACAAAAUGGGAUGCCGGAAAAUGUUUAUGAUGCUCGACUCAAAUCUAUCUGGGAAUCAAACUCAUUUCCUAAUAAUGAGCAUUUAGCAUACUCUCACAAUACAGUAUAUGAGCAAAACCUUUUGCCUUUGAUUUUAUCUUAAUUUUAUUUCAAUAACGUGUUUUCAAGGGCACCGACUGCUUAUGAUAUUUACCAAGUUAAUGAGUGGAUGAUGAAGGGAACAAUAAAGGUCUAGAAAAAAUACUGACUAGUUUUAUGUAUAAUAUUGGCUUUUAAAAGGAAUAGAAGUAAUUUCUCUAGUUAUAUAAAUAUUUAAAAUUUUAAACUUUUUCUACCUACUGCUGUUUAGAGUUUUAAGCUUGGUCUAUCUCAUAUUUAAAAAAAAAAAAGGAAAAAAAAAAAAAAAGACAUACAUACUUUUCUGAACUCAAUGCCAACGUUAAAGACACUGUUUCCAGAAUUUUUCAGGGCAGUAUGAUUUUAACUCUGGAAAACUUACAGCACAUCUUCAUGUUUCAUAAAGCCUCUUCCCAAUUAUAAUCUUGUGACAGUGUCUAAUUUUAAGUCUUUGUUGCCCAUUAGAAUACAUAAUGCUGAACUCCUUAAUAAUUGGUGGUAUAAACUAGAUGAAAUUAUAUUGCGGAUAUUUGUGUAGUGGCUUUAAAAAGUCGUAAAACUCUCUAAUCCCAGCGAUAUUAUGAAGAGAAUUGCUCAAUGGAAGAAGUAGAUUUACACUUGAAUUAGGAUUUACUUCCAGUAAAUCUUUGCUACACCAGAUAAGAACAGGGCUUUUUUUUUUGUUUCUUUUUUCUUUUCUUUCCUAUGCUCUUGAGCCCUUCUUAGCAGUUGACAGAGGAGCGAUGACUACACGUGAGGGAAACCAAUUUUGCCAUAGCCAUAGCUGUAGAGGACGGGAUGGUUGCCUGGUGGGAUCCCAAGCUGGACCGGGCUCACCCGUCGUCCUUCGGCCUCGCAGGGAUGGGCAGGGAGAGGAGACGGGGCAGGAGGCGUCAGGGGCUCCUAUAAAUCUCUAUGCAAAAAAAAUAAAAAAAGAAAAAAAAAAAAAGAAAAAAAAUACAAACCGUCUGUAAGGCUUGGGCUAUACAUUCAGCAAGUUCAGCAACGUUGUAUGCAGCCUGCGACGCUCCCAAGCUUCGCACUAAAUAGCAAUCUCGGUGCAGGUGCGCGGUGACAGAGGCACCCCAAAAGGGCAUUUUUUGUCCCGAUGUACACGAUGCUUACAAGGCUCACUUGCACUAUUGCCUUUCGCCUGUAAUAUUCUAUACACCAAGAGGGCGGGGGUGGGAGGGGGGUAUAAAAUGAGACAGAAGGCUUUAAAAACGUCUUAGGGCUCCACGCCUGAGUUAUGAGGAAGUUGUGUUACCCCCGAUGUUGUGUUGCCCCCCCGGGGGCAGCGAUCCUGCCGGGGGCAAGCAGAGAGCAGAGCGGCAGCAAACCAAUACCCUGCGUUAGCAGCUUGGACAAGAGAAUAACUUCAUGUACAGCAAUUCAUUUUUUUUAUUUUUUUUUUUUUUUAAAUGAGAACUGCGGUUGCCAAUACGAUGUCUGGGUUGUAUUUUGGGUUUUAUGGGGAAAAAUAACUCGCUCUUAAAACUGAAAAGGCACUGCUGUAAACAGGACUGAACCGUGGGCGAGCUGGAGGGCCUGUUGCAGAAGGUGCAUUUUGUUUUUAUGCUGUGGUGUGCAUGGUUUACAGAGACUAGUUGCAUUUUCUUUGUGUAUACUGUUUAUUGUAUAUAGGGGAUGUACGGAUAUAAGGAUACCAUUUUGUCAUAACCAUAUCAAAUUCUACUGAUUUCCACUGUAGACGCUGUCUUAUUGUGUAGACUUACAGGCCGAUCCACUGACUUUGAUUGUGUAAUUUAACAAUAGAACGGAUAAAUAAAAUUUAACUACAGUCUUCUGA